AUGCAUGUAAAUCCUUCCUUCAGGAUACUCCUUCACAAUGGAGUUGAUCCUUCGAGCGAUGAAGGAUACUCCUUUGUUGUGGAGCUGAUCCUCCUAACGGUGGAUAUGGAGGUAUUGUCUUCAGUAUACUCCUUUGCAACGGAGUUGAUCCUUCGGACGAUGUAUGGAACUUUAUCUUCUAGAUGCCCCUUUUUUUUGUGGUGGCUGAUCCUUUUGAUAGAGAAAGUGGUGGCGGCUUACUAUUCUUGCUCAUGCGCCGACUCCAUGGGGAGUAGUUGUGUUUAG